AUGUCUUUCCCCAUCAGUGCCUCAGCAGAAGCUACCAGUGGAAAGGUAGAAGGCCAGCCCAAUGGUGACACAAUCCCAGCUGAGCAAGCCAACCCUUCAGAUGACACUGUUGCUGGUGCUGGGAGUCGUCAGAAUGAUCAGAUAGUGCAGAAAAUAGAGGAAGUGCUCUCUGGAGCCCUUGAUACAGAACUGCAGUGCAAAUCAGAUGUAGACAAAAAUACUGUGAAAAAUAGUACUAAGUCUGCAAAAAGAAGCUCUACUGGUGAAGAUGAAAUUCCUAAGAAAAAGUCAAAGAAGAACAAGAAACACAAAAGCAAGAAGAAGAAGAAAAAGAAGAAGAAAAGAAAGAAAGAAAAAAAGCAUAAAAAGCAGCCAAAGGAGUCAAAGUUGAGUACACGUCAUGGAGAACAUGGAGAUGCGCAGCCUGCUUCUCUUUUGAUGCCAGAGACAGCAAGCUCCAUAGUGAGUGUACAGCAUGGAGGAUUUGGAGAUGCAAAUCUGGCUGUCCACGUGCAGCCUCAAGAACUGUGCUUAAAAUCAAGUGAGGAACUUGAUAGGCAAGCCUCAGGACUUGUUUCUCAGCAAUCUACAGAAAAUCUUGGAAGCGAGAGGGUGACUUCGUGUGCGACAAAUCCUCCAUUUAAUUUAGAAGGCAGCCAAUCUAAUAUCCAAGGAAAUGCUAGUAUAACUGAAAUUUGCACUAGAGAAGAACAAAUGACACAGUCUCAUGAAAAUAUUUAUCCUAUAGCUAUUAAUGCAAGUGGAAAUGAUGUUCUUGUUGAUACUGGAAAUUAUAAUUUGUCUUGCAUCCCAUCUGGAGUUGCCAAUAAAUCUGAAAUUCAGCAAGGUUCAUCAUCAACUCUAGCAUCAGAGGUAACAGAAGUAGUAGAAGGUUCAGAAGCAUAUCUACAGCUUGUGGCACAGAGGGGAGCAAAAGAAUUAGAAGCAACUGCAGAACCUGAGUCUUUAGCAAGUGAUAUAACAACAAUUCCUACAUCUGCAGGUCAGGCAGAUCUGAAUACUGUGAAGGUAGCUCACAUGUCUGUGGCUGUGGAAGAAGUGAAAAUUCCAGAAGCAAUGCUGCAUAUAGGUAAUGUGAAAUAUUUGGAAAGAUCUUUGGAGUUAGAGGGUGUUAGCAGAACUUUGGAGCCAUCCCUGAAGCCUUCAGUUGGAUCUGAUGAUUUCAGUGCAAUGCAGUGCAGCCCCACAGAGGGUUCAAGUGUCUUGAAGGCAGAUGUAUCUUUGCAACAUCCUUUUAAAAUAUCUGCAGUGACUGCAGUGACCCAGGUGGAAACAGAAAGUGCCAAAAUACCCCUUGGACCAGGAGCUGUUACAGAAGUGAAGGAUAUUGAACCAGCUAGAAGCUCUGUGCCCAAAACCUUGGUAACAGUCAUGGAACCUGUUGGUAUUGCAGCAAAAGAUGUCAAAACAGCUGAUCCUGUGGCAGUGCUGAAUGUGUCAGAAGUGUUCCUGCAACCUAAAGUCUUGACAGAAGCAAGAAGUGUGGAUAGAACCCAGGAAUCUGCACUUCCAACAGAAAUGACAGAUGUGAAAUUGGUUGCAGGAGCAAAAGAUCUAAGAACAAUCUCAGAUCCUGCAGCAGUUGCACAGACCUUUGUUCCCCAAAGAAGUCAAGCUACUCUGCAAAUGGAAAAUACUAAUGCUUCAAAAAUGUCAGAAUCAGCUCUUGAGGCUGUAGCUGUAACAGAGGCAAAAGAUUUAGAAGCCGCUUCUUUAUUGACACAACCAGAAGAGCAGAGAGAAUCAAGAUAUGAGAGUGAAGCAACAACAGCAGUGUCAAAAGGUAGUAUGACAGGAGUAGAAGUGGGCUCAGAUGCAGGUCUUCUAGCUAUGGAAGCUGGAUCUGUGAGACCGGUGAGAAUGCUGGAAACUACUCUAGGACCUGUAGCAGAGACAGAAAGGAAAUACUCAGAAGCAGAACUUAACAGAGCCAGGACACAGAUGAUGACAUCUUCAUCACACCUGCAUGGGACAGGUGCAAAAGAUUUAGGAGAUUCAGCCUCUGUAGGUGUGGCAAAGAUACAAGCUUUGGAAGCAGUCUUGCAGCCUGGAACCUUAGAAGAAAGGUCAGAAAGGACUCAUGAAUCUGGGGCUGCAUACAUAAGCAUGGAACCAAUUACGCAUUUGGAAUCCACAGCAGAGAGAGAAGCCACUGCAAAAUCUAGAGGUUUAGACAAUUUGUCAGAAGUUGAGGCAGUUGCAGAGAUAAAAGAUGUGGAAGUGAGUUCAAAAACUGUGCACUUAACACAGAUGAAAAAUUUGGAAAUGGUUAUGGGAUCUGAAACAAGGACACUAAUGCAAGGCUUGGGAAGGACAUCAGCAUCUGAGGUGUUUGGACAAGUGAGGCAUUCUGAAGUUGUGCCAGAAGAUCCAAGCAAAGCAAAGACCAUGAGCAAAGAAGUGAUAGUAGAACCUGUGCAAUCUUUAGAAACAAGUUCAAAAUCUGUACAGGAACAAAUAGUAGGCCAUUCAGAAGCAGUAUCAGAGUCUCUGCCCAGAAUGGAAGAAAAAAAUAUGGCAUCAGAAAUAAUGACUGAAGGAGGAAACUUGAAAGGAACUUCAGAAUCUAAGAUUUUGACAGAUGUGAGAACUCAGGGACCUACUGUAGAAUAUAUAAUUGCAACAAGAAGGAGAAGCACACACAAAAAUGAGCCCUUGCUUUUAAAUGAAAAAGAUUUGGAAGAAGCUUCAGAAACUGAGCAAGCAGUGUCUGCAACAGUAGAGGUGAAAGGUUCUGAAACAGUUGAAGAGCCUGAGGAACACAUGGAUAUCCAGGGUUUGGAAGCUUCCCAAAAUUCUGGAAAUGUGACAGCUGUGAAUGUUUUAGAGGAUGCUUCAGAAUCUUUGCAUGCUGAAAAGCAAGAACAUCUACAGGCAGUUCUAGAAGCAAAACUUGCAGCAGAAGGAGAGGAGGCCUCAGAGAGUGCUGCUGAAAUGAACAUUUUUGAAGCAGUUCCAAAACCAGGGGACAUGAAUGAUCUGGAAACAACAGUGGCAGCAGAAGUACACUAUGUGGAGGAGGCCCAGGGUCGACAAAUGGAGGAUGUGGUAGUUCCAGAUCAAGCUCAGGAAGGCGAGAUACUGGUUGAGAAGACAGAUGAAGAGCAAACUCAAGCAUCUGAGCCUUUAAUAGCAGAAACGGUUUUUAAUUCUUCACAUGCAGCAGAUGAGAGAGAUUCAACAGAGACUUCUGAAUCUGAAGUAAUCAGAGACAUGAGUCAGAUGGAAGCAGCUCCAGCUCAUGUGGCAGAAACAAAAGACUUAGAAACAUCUUCUCUUUCUGAGACUCAUGCAGAAGCAGUCGUGGGAUUGGAGGCAGAGGCAAAAGAUGUGGAAGCAGCUCCAUUACCCGAGGCUGUUACAGAAGUUGUUCCAGUAUACGAGGCAGAGGAAGGUGAGUUGGAAGUCCUUCCACAGGCUGAGGCCUUCAAAGAAGCAACUCCAGAAGACGACUCAGAGAAAAGAGAUUCAGAAACCUCUGAUGUGCAACCUGAUGUGGCGGCGCGAAUGAGAGAGACUCUGAUGAGACUUGAGAAGGUUGAAAAAAGUAGCCAUAGAAGCAGUGAUAAAAAACAUGAUGCAAAGAAACAGAAAAGGAGUCGCUCCAAGUCUCAGUCCAGGUCUAGGAAGAGGAAGAAAAAAUCGAGGUCGCGUUCUACUUCCAGGCGUUUGACUUCUAAAAGAGGACGUUCUAGGAGCAGAAACUAUUCAGAUUCCAGAAAAAAGCAUUCCAAAUCUAGAUCCCGAUCUGUGGAGAAGAGAGUGUCUUCCCGGAGAUCCAGACGCAGACGGUCCAGGUCAUCUGACCGUUACAGGUCUAAAUCCAGAUCAGCAGAGAAGAGGUUGUCCUCUGGGAGGUCCAGACAUAGACGUUCCAGGUCUUCUGAUCGCUACAGGUCUAAGUCCGGGUCAGUGGAAAAGCGAUUGUCCUCCAGAAGGUCCAGACAUAGACGUUCCAGAUCUUCAGACCGCUACAGAUCUAAAUCUGUGUCAGUGGAAAAGCGACUGUCCUCCCGAAGAUCUGGACGCAGACGUUCCAGGUCUUCAGAUCGCUACAGGUCUAAGUCCAGGUCAGUGGAAAAGCGACUGUCCUCCCGAAGGUCGGGGCGCAGACGUUCCAGGUCUUCGGACCGUUACAGGUCUAAGUCCAGGUCAGUGGAAAAGCGACUGUCCUCCCGAAGGUCUGGACGCAGACGUUCCAGGUCUUCAGACCGUUACAGGUCUAAAUCACGAUCAGUGGAAAAGAGACUGUCCUCCCGAAGGUCUGGACGCAGACGUUCCAGGUCAUCUGACCACUACAGGUCUAAAUCACGAUCAGUGGAGAAGGGGGAGAGCAGGUUGUCCUCCUGGAGAUCCCGCCGCAGACGUUCCAGGUCCUCUGACCGUUCUAAAUCUAGAUCCAGGUCUUCAGAAAAGAGAGGAGGCAAAGAAUAUUCAUGGAGGUUCAGAAAUAGGUCCGUUUCUUCUGAUCGUUCAAAGUCUAGGUCAGGAUCUGUUGAGAAGAGAGGUCGGAAGGCAUCACUGCGGAGGUCUAAACGUCAGCACUCAAAGUCCUCUGACCGUUACAAGUCUAGAUCCAGGUCAGUAGAAAAAAGGGAUCGAAAGCAGUCAUCACGGAAGUCUAAACGUCAGCGCUCAAAGUCUUCUGACCGUUACAAGUCUAGAUCCAAAUCAGUGGAAAAAAAGAAGGAGUCCUCUCGAAAAGCUAAGCGUCGCCGCUCAAAAUCUUCUGAACGUUACAAGUCUAGGUCUCGGUCUGUUGAAAAAAAGCGCAAAGAAUCUUCAAAAAAAUCCAAACGGAAACGCUCCAAGUCCUCUGAUAGUGUUAAGUCAAGGUCCAAAUCUGUAGAAAAAAGAGACAGUAAGUUAUCCUCAGUAAAAGGCAGUAGCAAGCAUAUAGAGUCUUCUGAAUUUCAGGAGUCAACGAAAUGUCUUGAAAAAGAUGAUGUUCCUGAACCUUCUUUUGGAAGUGAACACAGCUCCACCAAAUCCUCUAAUGGUCCUAUGUCUGUUGAAGGACUUAAUGGCCCAGAGCUGCCUCCAGCAUCUGAAGGUGGAUUUCCCAAAACUUCUGAUAGUGUUGAUCAAAGCUCCUCACCUGUAGAAAAAACAGUGUUUGAAUUUGAUAGCUCCAAAACCCCAGAUAACCAGAUAUUGGAAUCCAUGCCUGUGGAAAAAACACAGGUUUCAGAGCUUUCUGUGAUGUGUGAAAAUGGAUCAGCUGAAAAAGCAGUGUCUCUGGAGUCUUCAUCACUACCUGAACUUUUGUACUCCAAAUCCAAGUCAAGAUCUCCAUCCGUUGAAAAAAUCAGUGAUCCAGAAACUUCUUUGGUAACAGAAUUUCAGCUUUCUGCAUCCCAUGAAGAUGAGAUGAGAUCUACCUCUCUCAAAGAAAUUGAAGGUCCAGAGCCUCUUCUGACUCUUGAAAGUGGAUGCUCUGUAUAUUGUGAUGAUAACAAGACAAUCUCCUCAUCUGGAAAAACUGAGGUUCAGGAGCCUUCUCUGAUAUCUGAAGGUGUACUUUCUGACUUGACUGAUGGUCAUGAAUUGAGACAUAUCCCUGCUGAAAAAACAGAACCCCAGAAGUUUUUGCAAGUACCUGAGAGUGAAUCUUCUAAGUUGGCUGACAGCCCUGAGUCAAGGUCACUAUUGUUUGAAACAGCAGAGGCUCAAAAAUCUUUUGUAGCACCUGAAGUUACAUGCUCUGCGUUCUCUAAUGUCUCUGAGUCAGCCUCCAUGUCUAUGGAAAGGGGCCAGAUGCAGGAGCCUUUCCUAGCUUCUGACAGUGGACACUUCAAAUCUCUUGAUGGACAUGAAUCAGGAUCCAGCUUUGCUGCACAAAUAGGGGAGCUUCCCAAGUCACCUGAUGGAAAUGAACAAAUAUCCUUACCUCUUGAAAAAGUCAAGUCUCCAGCUGUUUACCGGACAUCUGAGUGUGGUCAGGUUGAAAUCUCAGAUGUUGUGCUGACAACUGUAGGACAAAGCUGUAAUUCUUCUGAAGUUCAUGAGUCUAGAUCGUCUGUUGACAAAGAUUUAGAUGGUCCAAGACUUUCACAAGUACUUCAACACCCUGAGUCUUCUGAACUGCAUGAAUUGAGGUACCUGCCUGAUGGAAAAAUAGAGAGUAAAGGAUCUUUUGUGUUGUCUAAGAGAGGGAUUCCUGUGUGCCAUGAUGGCCAUAAAUCAAAACACAAUUACUUGGAGAAAACGGAAGGUGCAGAAGUGUCAUUGGCAUCUGAGCUUAGGUGUUCUCUCUUCCCUGAAGGCUAUAAAUUGACAUCCACUGCAGUUGAAAAAACCGAGAUACAAAAGCCUUCUCUCCUGGAAAGUGAGUCAGUAAGCACAUCUACGGAAAAUCCAGAGGCCCCAGUUAGUUCUCUGACGUCUGAAGAUGGGAUUUUCCUGUUGCCUGAUAGUAAUGAAUUGAGACCUAUCCCAGCUGAAAAAGUAGAAGUGCAGAAGUCAUCUGAGCUCCAAUGUAUAGUCUCCACUGAUGGCCACAAGUUGAGAUCUGCAUAUGAUGAAGAAAAUCAGGUACAGGAGUCAUCUCUGAUACUGGAAAGCAGAUACUCUGUUUCCUCUGAUGGUCAUGAGUUGACAUCCACCCCAUUUGAAAAAUCUGAGGUAGAGGAGCCUUCUCAAAUAUCUGAAAAUGAGAACACAGUAGGGCUCGAUGGUCCAGAGUUGACGUCAACCCCUGCUGAAAAAACAGAGUUGAGGGAACUUUAUCGGAUGUCUGAAGAAAGAUGUUUAGUGCCCAUUGAGAGCCAGGAGUUGCAGUCACCCCAUGUUGAAAAGAUAGAAAUGCAAGAGCCUGCUGUGAUUGAAAAUGAAUAUGCUGUAUCUUGGGAGGGCCAGGAGUUGAGAUCCAGCUCACCUGAAAAGGUAGAGAUGCAGGAGGCUUCUGUAGUACCUGACAAUGAGUAUGCUGUGUCUUCAGAUGAUCAUGAAUUGCCUUGUUCCCUUGCUGAAAAAUCAGAGGUACAGGAGUACUUGCUGUCUGAAAAUGAAUAUGCUGUAUCUCCUGAAGUCCAGGAGAUGUCAGCCAGUCCUGCUGAAAAAGAGGUGCAGGAGCCUUCUCUAACAUCUGACAAUGACUAUGUUGUUUUCCAUGAAGGCCAAGGAUUACAGUCUACCCCUGCUGAAAAAACAGUGGAGCAGGAGCCUUUAGUAGUACCAGACAGUCAAUAUGCUGCAUCCCCUGAAGCACAAGAGUUGCUCUUUUCUCUUACUGAAAAAACAGAGACACAGGAGUGUUCUUUGCUGUCUGAAAAUGAGUAUGAUGCAUCCCCUGAUGGCCACGAUUUGAGAUCUAGUCCUCCUGAAAAAGAAGUAGUGGAGGAACCUUCUGAAACAUCUGAAAGUGAAAGUUCAAUCUCCACUGAUGGCCAGGAGUUGCAGUCUACGCUUGUUGAAAAAACAGAGGUACAGGAGUUGUCUUUGAUGUCUGAAGGUGAAUGUACCAUGUCCCCUGAAGGUCAGGAACUGCAGUCUAGCCCCACUGAAAGAGUAGAAGCUGAAAAUGAACGUGCUCUGUCCCCUGAAGAGUAUGAUUCAAGAUUGACUCAUGCUGAGAAAACAGAGGGAAUAGAUUCUUCUGUGACACCUGAAAAUGACCAUCUUUUGUCUUUUGAGAAUGAAGAGGUAAGAUUUACUCCUGUUCAAAAAGCAGAUGUGCCAGAGCUGUCUCCAACACCUGAAAAUGAAUGUACAGCAUCCUCUGAUGGACAGGAGUUGAGAUUUCACUCUCUUGGACAAGCAGGCAGUCUGAGACCUUUGAUGCUAAAUGAUAAAGCCUCCAUGUCGCCUGAUGACAGUGAUUUGAAAUCCACCCCUGUUGAAAAAAUGGAUGAGGCGAUGCCUGAAAGUGGAUAUUCCAUGUCCCCCGAUGGCUACAGUGUGAAAUCUGGCCCUGUUGAAGAAACAGGGGAUCUAGAGCCCUCUUCGAUAUCUGAGCGUAGGCAUUCCACAUCCUCAUAUCAAGAAAGUAAUGAGCUAAGAUCACCCAUGGAGGAAGAGGGUUUGGAGUUCUCUUUGGCUUCUGAGCAUAGACGAUCUGUGUCCCCUGAGGGCCAUGACCAGAAAUCUACCAUCGAUGAAGAAGCAGAUGAUCUGGCACCCUCUUUGACAUCUGAACAUAGGCGCUCCACAUCUCCUGAUGACCAUGAGUCACAAUCUAGUGGUGAAGAAGCAGAGUCUUUGGAGCAGCCUUUGACAACAGAACGUAGAAGCUCCAUGUCCUCUGAUGAGCAUGAGUCAAGAUCUACCACUGGGGAAGAGGUAGAGGAUGCCGAGCCAUCCUUGACAGCUGAAGGAAGAGACUCCACAUCCUCUGAUGAGCAUGAGUCUGCCACUGGUGAAGAUGUAGAAGAUGGGGAACCCUCUUUGACAGCUGAACGUAGACACUCCACCUCCUCUGAUGACCGUGAGUCAAGAUCAACAGCUGGUGAAGAAAUCGAGGAUUUGGAACCUUCUCUGACAGCUGAACAUAGACAUUCCAUGUCUCCUGAUGGACGUGAGUCAAGGUCAACCACUGGUGAAGAAGCAGAGGACCAGGAACUCUCUUUGACAGCUGAACGUAGACACUCCACAUCCUCAGAUGAACAUGAGUCAAGGUCUUCCAUUGGUGAAGAAGGGGAUGAUGUGGAACCCUCCCUGACAGCUGAACGAAGAGAUUCCACAUCAUCGGAUGAGCAUGAGUCAAGAUCUACCACUGGUGAAGAAGCAGAGGAUAUGGAAGCCUCUUUAACAACUGAUCACAGACGUUCCACAUCCCCUGAUGGGCAUGAAUCGAGGUCUACUACUGGUGAAGAAGGAGAUGAUGUAGAGGCCUCCUUGACAGCUGAACGAAGAGACUCCACGUCUUCAGAUGAGCGCGAGUCAAGCAGUGGUGAAGAGGAUGCUGAGCCGUCUUUGGCAGAUGAAGAUAAGCAGGAUUCUAUGCCUCUGGAGAGAUCGGAGGAACAGGACUCUUCCUUUGUACCUGACAGGCGUUCUGAGUCUUCUGAACGUGAAAAAUCUAGAUCCAAAUCUGUUGACAAAGUAUCUGACAAAGAGUCUUCACGAAGAUCUGUAAGCAGACAGUCAACAUCUCCUACUGGCCAAAAGAGUCGAUCUGUAUCUGUUGAAAAAGUGGCAGACAAAGAAUCUUCACAGAGGUCUAGACAUAGGCGCUCCAGGUCUACUGCUCUCCAAAGGAGCCGAUCAACAUCUGCUGAAAAAGCAGCAGACAAAGAGUCUUCACGGAGGUCUAGACGUAGACGCUCGAGGUCCACUGCUCACCAAAGGAGUCGAUCUAAAUCUGUGGAAAAAACAGCUGACAAAGAAUCUUCACGGAGGUCUCGAAGUAGACGCUCUAGGUCUUCCCAGCGCAGAUCCCAGAGAUACGAUACAGAAUCUCGUUCUAGACGGAAUCGCUCCAGAUCAGUAACACGGAGAAGAGCAUCAAGAUCAAAAUCUAAUCGUCGCUCUCGCUCUAGCUCAUUGUCACGUUCAAGGCAUAGGAGGAGGAGUCGGUCAAGAUCAGCAUCAAGAAGGCGACGUUCUUUAUCAAGAGAUAGGCGUAAGAGAUCUCAGAGGAAUAGGUCUAGAUCCACUGACAGACGAAGAAGAAGAUCAGAUUCGAGAGAUCGUAGAAUAUCAAUCAGAUUACGGAGCAGGAGCCGAUCACCUCUUCGUCAAAGGCGAUCAAGGUCAAGAGGAAGAAGACGGAGCUCUAGUAGGUCACCAAUUCGACUGCGUCGAUCAAGAUCUUCAGGGAGAAGAAGAUACAGCAGAUCACCUGAUCGUCGUAGGUCGAGAUCAUCAGAGCGAUUUUCGAGCAGGUCACCUAAACGUCUUACAGACUUGGACAAGGCCCAGCUACUUGAAAUAGCCAAAGCUAAUGCAGCUGCCAUGUGUGCUAAGUCUGGUGUUCCCUUACCACCAAGCCUGAUGCCUUUGUUAUCUCAGAAGAAAGAUGACAAAGCCAAUCAGAAGUCAUCAAGAGAUACACUAAAGGAGCUCACUGAGAAAUGCAAGAAGAUUGCUCAAAGCACGGAUGAUGUGAUAGUGAACAAACCUCAUGUUUCUGAUGAAGAGGAGGAAGAACGUCCAUUCUAUCAUCAUCCUUUUAAGCUCAGUGAACCCAAACCUAUUUUUUUCAAUUUAAGUACUCCCAGCAUAAAACCAGCACCACCACCACAACCAAAAAAUCAGGUCAGCCUGUCAAAGGAAUUUCCUGUUUCAUCUGGGUCUCAGCAUAGGAAAAAAGAAGCAGAUAGUGUCUAUGGAGAAUGGGUUCCAGUUGAAAAAGGCAAAGAAGAUAGCAAGGAUGAUGUUUUCCCCAAACCAGCCAUUGAGUGCGUGGACAUAACUACAGCUAUGAAUGAUCGAGCAAUGGCUCAGAAACGGCUUAAUGAAAACUCUUUUGAUUUAGAGGCCAUGUGCAUGUUAAAUCGUGCACAGGAACAGAUUGAUGCCUGGGCUCAAUCAAACUCCAUACCUGGCCAGUUCACAGGAAGUACUGGAGCACAGAUACUGUCUUCAGAUGAGCUUACCAACAGUGGUCCCCAAGCAUGGAUUAGAAAGGAUCAGUUCUUAAGAGCAGCCCCUGUAACUGGAGGAAUGGGAGCUCAACUGAUGAGAAAAAUGGGCUGGAGAGAAGGAGAAGGGCUUGGAAAAAACAAAGAAGGCAGCGUUGAGCCUAUUAUGGUUGAUUUUAAGACGGAUCGAAAAGGGCUUGUUGCUGUGGGAGAGAAGGCACAGAAGAGAUCCGGACAUUAUGUUGUCAUGAAGGAUCUUUCAGGUAAACAUCCAGUUUCAGCAUUGAUGGAGAUCUGCAACAAAAGAAGAUGGACACCACCUGAAUUUGUGUUGGUGGAUGAUAGUGGGCCUGAUCAUCGCAAACAUUUUAUCUUUAAGGUAAGAGUCAAUGGAAAUGAAUAUAGGCCUACUUUUGCCAGCCUUAACAAGAAGCAUGCUAAAGCCACAGCAGCAACUGCGGCUCUCCAAGCGAUGGGACUUGUACCAAAGGAAAGCAUGGUUAAUACCACCAUGUUUAGGAGUGCCUCACACCGCUAGAUAUUGUUUUUUUUAUAUUGACAUUAUUUCAGAUAAUUUUACUCUGCACAAAAAUGGUAUUUGCCCUUUCAUGUUGUAAAUACAUUGGCAAUUCCCACGUUGUAAAAACUGUACAGACACCUUCAGGUUUUUCUUUUGUACCAUCAAAAUGUAUUUAAAUCAUACUUAGUUUUUGGUAUGUUUAUAUUGUUUACAUUAGUGAUGUAAUUAUUUCUUAAAUGACUAAAUCAGACGACAGACUCUGGAGGCAUCAGUAAUCUAAACCCUUGUUUUAAAACUCAUGCAAUUUCUCUUCAAUACGGAAUGUUAACACUUUCAUACUGUUUUGUACUAUGCUGCAGUUUUCCCUGGUCUCGGUAAAGCUGCUCUUGCACUUUUGCCGACAGCUGGUCAAAAGUCCUGCAGCUUCACCCUCGUCUAGUCGAGGCUGGCGUGUACUGCUGGACAGAUACUGGGCCAGUCCUGUCACCCCUGUGAGAAGGCCUGCAGUGGCAGUCCUGUUGUACAGUGAUCACCCUGCAGCUUCUCUUUGAAUUUUGCCUGGGGGGUUUUAACUCAGUGGUGCACUGCGACUGGCCACACAGCCCAUCGUUUUAGGACAUACGUGAUUAGGCUACAGACUUGCUUCCAAAGGAGUGGCAGAAAGUCCAGCAAUGGAACCGGUGAGACCUGCAAUGUAAAGGUGACUCUCCCUGCAUGUUCUGAGAAGGGAGAUGGUGGAGUUGUCUUUUCCAAACAAAUUAACACACUGCCUGAUGUUGAUUGUAUGAAUUUGUGGUUAAUGUGAAUUUUAAACUCUUAACAAAUCUACAACUGGAUUUGGGGGUGGGGGGAGGGGAUAGAAUGAUGCUUAAAUUGUUGUACCCAACUUGGUCAAUAAAGCAGCACAAGUUCAUAAUCUUAA